AUGACUAGGAAUGAUGAUUUACUCGAAGACAGGGUUGGAGCCAAUGGCGAGACACCGGUCGUCAUACCCAAUGGAGACUAUAUCCCAGUUAAGGGAAGAGGUUCCAGCAUGCUACUGAAUGGAAUAAAGAUCGCCAAAGAUCUGCGGACAAGGAGCUUGAUUGGCACGGGGCAGUGUGAUGGGGGUCUCUAUCGAAUGGGUUCAGUGGAAAAAAAGGCAUUGAUGACAACACCAGAUUUGAUCAUCACAUCAAGAGAUGUAUGGUUUGUCGAACAAGUUUUCCCUUUUGCGGCUGCUGAAACACAAAGAAACGAAGAUGAAGAUGAUAGGGUGGAAUUGUUUGAUAAUUUAUAUGAUGAUGACACAAGUCCAAAGGACGUUGGUGAAGAGAAGCCAGGUGGUGAUGACGUUGAGGUCGAAAAAAACAAUGAUGUUGGUCAGAAUGAGAAUCACUCCACCGUGGAGCUAGAGGUUGUGAAUGAGACCGAGUCAGAACUCCAACCCACCAUACAACAAGAUUAUGGCCAAAGAGAGAAGAGCGCGAGAACACAGCCAGAGCACUUUGACGAAUUUGUCGUGAAUCUGCCACCCUCGAUGGACCCCACACACACCGCACGCAAACAAGAUUCCUUGACGAAAGAUCCACAAUACUACACUGAAACAGAGAAAGAGAGAGUCAUCAUUGACAAGAAAGCUUUGACUUAUAUGUUGAUGGCCAUUCCUAAUGAACUUUUUAACAGAGUUGACAGUAGAGGAUCAGUAAAAGAGUUGUGGGAUGAGUUUGAGCAGCAGAUGCUAGGAAGUGAAAAGUCUAUUCAGACAUGGAUGAAUCAGUGCAUUAGUGCUUAUGAAGGAUUCAGGGCUCGUGAGAAUGAAACCAUUACUGAAUCCUACAAUAGAUUCAAUGUUAUUCUAAAUGAUCUGAGGAGGAAUGGUAUUCAGAAAUCCAUGUCUGAGAUCAACUACAAGUUUUUGAAGAAUUUGAGUCUGGAAUGGAACUCUCUUGCAGUUAAUCUGCAAAUGAACAAGAAUACGUCUAAAGAUGACAUUCAUGAUCUUUACAGUAUCCUAUACGAACAAGAGGAAACUGUGAGAGAGUUAACGAUUGAAAAGAAGAAGACUGAGAGUGAGUCAACUGAUGAUUCUUCUACUGACUCAGAUGAUGAAAUUAGAGAGUUCUCCAAGAAACUUGCUUUGCUGACACAGAAGUCCCAGAAGAGGUUCGGGAAGAAGAAGAAGUUUGUUAAGUUUGAGAAGAGUAAGGGAAAGGAGGUGAAGCCUGAAAAGUUUGGGAAAGCCAGAGAUCAUAUGGAUGCUCAACCUGAAUUGAGCAGAUGGUUUAAUUGUGGAAAGCCUGGUCACUACUUCAAAGAUUGUCUGUUCAAGAAGUUCAAAGAUUUAAAUUACUAUCUCAAAAAGGCUAAUCUGGCAAAAGCCCUUGAGGAUGGAAAGUCUUUGGUGGCUGAAGAUGAAAGCUAUCUGAUUGACUCAUUAGAUGAUGAAGCUGCUCAUAUUACCCAGGUAAACAUGUGCUUAAUCUCAAUAACUGAAGUCGAAGGCUCAUCAUCUGAGAAUAAGAAUGAGGUGAUUUAUGAUUCAAACAAUAUGGAAGAAAGUACUGAUCAAGAUUGGAAAGUACAUCCAAAUCCUGAAUUUGAUUUGAAUUUGAAAAAGAUUUCUGAUCUUGAAGAUGAACUUCGUGUGGAAAAAUGUUUAAAUAUUAAAGCUGAAAAUGAUUUUCUAUCCAAAUCAAAAGACUUUGAAAGAAAAUUUUCGAAAUUGACCUUGCUUGUUCUCAGUAAAGAUAAUUUGCUUGCGUCCAAUUUGAAAAAGAUUUUAGAUUUGGAAAAAGAAUUAAAUUCGUGUUAUGAUGAAAGGACUAAGCUUAUGAGUAAAAUCAUUAAGCUUGAGGAAGAUCUCAAAACAGCUUCAAGAUCAUUUGCCAAAAAUUCAGAAGCUGCUCAGAAUGUCUCUAAAUAA